GGGAAGAAAGGAAAAAAAAGGCCGAGAUCUUGAAGGCUGAAGUCACCAGGAGGAAGAACCCAAACCAAAGAGCACCAACAGCGAGGGGGAAGCCAACCAGAACCAGAAGAGUUCACCUCUCCGUCCCCUCUUCGUCUCCUCCCCUCCUACUCCUACGUCUCCCCCUUCCUCCCGCUUCCGCUCCGCCACGCAACGAGCGCGGGAGCAAUCGCCGCCUUUUCUUGGCGUGCACAGUUCUUUGUCGUCCUGCGGUAUCUCGCUGGUUGGGCGUGCCAGAUUCAGGCGGCCGUAGCUGUCGCCGUGGCUGUUCCUGGCGUGUGGAGCCGUCCGGUACGGUACCUGAUUUGAUCUGCGUCGGCGGGGGCGAGCGCGACCGGCAUGGCGGCGCCGGGAGGGCUCGAGCAGUGGCAGAAGGACGGGUUCUUCCAGGCCGCCGAGGAGGUCCAGGAGUCGGCAGACCUGAUGGAAUCUGUGUAUAGAACUUGGAUGCAUGAGCGUAAUAGUGGUACUAGUACAGAGGAGGUAAACGAUUUGCAAAGAGAGCUUCAGACAGCUUUAGGGACAGCAAAAUGGCAGUUGGAGCAGUUUGAGAGAGCUGUAAGUUCGAGCAAUGAUAAGUAUUCACUGGAAGAGGGUACAGUUGCCAGGCGUCGUCAGUUUGUUGUCGCAAUAGAGGAUAAGAUUUCUUGUGUAGAGAAAGCAAUAAAAGGUUCUUUAAUUGAUAGUGGCAGGCAAGGGCUCAACUGGGUAAGGUUAGAUGAGGAGGAGCGAGAUGAUCUAGUUGCUUUCCUUUCAGCACCAGCACAGUUUUAUUCAGAAAUGAACACAGACAGUAGUUACCAUAUUCCAUCUAGACAAAAGAACGUGCCAAGGGAUGUAGCUUCGAUCAUUAAGGGCAUGCACGAAGUAUCACCCAGAGAAAUUUCUAGUGUUAAGAGUGACGUUUGUGGUCUAGCUGACCAGUUACAUGGCCAGAGAACAAAUUUGAGUUCUCGUGAUGAUCAUUGGAAGAUUGAAAUUGGUAAUGAAAUGAAUGAUGGUAGAAAAUUGUCCCCAAAUGGGGUUGAGGCCUCAAGUCAGACAGCUAGUUUAUCGGGCAUCCAGAGAAGCACAGAACCUUUAACAAGAGUGAGAUGGUUCUGGAAUAGCUUGUGGAAACCCAAGAGUGAUGAACAUCGUCCAUUAAGAUAUGAUAUGUCAAAUCACCUCGACUUCAGGGUUCUAUCUUUAUUAGCACAGCGAUUUAAUGUGCUAACCGAAAGAAGCAGGAGUUAUUUUAGCAGUUGGAAGGAAAAUUCUAGAAUUUCUGGAAGGAGUGGUGGGCUUCAUAUACAAUGCCAACAACACAGCAUUCAGUUCGGUCGUUCCAUUCGGAUCACCCUCUUACUGGUGUUAAGUAUCUUUCUGAUCGUACCAUUUCUCGUCUCUGCAUGACAAGGCAUACAUUGUUUUUUCGGUGAAGUAACAUUGGGACGAUUAAUCUGCUGUUCAGAGAAGUGUUCAUUAUUGUACUACAAAUCAUUAUUGGUGCUCUUCUCACGCUCAGGCAAUCUGAACAUGUACACUCGUGGCUGGUUGCACGUAUUAGAGGAAAAAGAGGCACAAUGGCAUGGAUUUUAUAGGUGCGAUUCAUAAAUUUAAAUAUCACAAAUGCCUUGUCGCUGACACAGUGACAUCCUGAGAUGAAUCAAGGUUACGGUUAAUUUAUGAUCUGCUGUGAUGGGUGAUUUCUGCCAAUUGGAGGCAGCUGUUCUCCUUUCUCACCUACCUCACGAAGGCAAUUGUAAAAAGAUGUAGAGCUGAUGGAUAAAAAAGAUUAAAAAGAUGUGUCAAAUGAUUUGUAUGAUUUGUGGAAGUACUGAGAGUUCCAAUGAAACAAACUGUUUGAAGGAUUUGAUGAUAAUUCAUACUGCUGCAUUUGUCAAA